CCCCUCGCGUCACUUCCGGGGCGUCGCGGCGCGUCCCCUCGACCUCGGCGAUGGCGGCGCUGCGGGCGCUGCGGGCGCUGCCGGGGCUGCGGCGCCUCCCGGGCCCGGCGGGGCCGAGCCUCCAUCCCCGCGCGCUGCUGCGGCCCCGGGCCGGCUCCGGCGGCGGCUCCGCGGCGGUGUCCCUCUCGUCCCCCUCGGGCCGCCCCUCCCCCCGCUCCCGCCGUGCCCUGGCCGUUCUGGGGGCUCUGGCCGGGGGGGGCUCCCUGGCCCUGGCGCUGUCGCUCGGGGGGGGCCCCCUGAGCGCGGGGGAGCUGGAGCUGCACCCCCCGAACUUCCCCUGGAGCCACGGGGGGGCGCUGUCGGCCCUGGACCACGCCAGUGUCCGCAGAGGAUUCCAGGUGUACCGCCAGGUGUGCUCUGCCUGUCACUCCAUGGAGUUCGUGGCUUUCCGGAACCUCAUCGGGGUCACCCACAGCGAGGCCGAGGCCAAGGCGCUGGCGGAGGAGGUGGAGGUGCAGGACGGCCCCGAUGAGAACGGGGAGAUGUUCAUGCGCCCCGGGAAGAUCUCGGAUUAUUUCCCCAAGCCCUACCCCAACCCCGAGGCGGCGCGGGCGGCCAACAACGGGGCACUGCCCCCCGACCUCAGUUACAUUGUUAAUGCCAGGCACGGGGGUGAGGAUUACGUGUUCUCGCUGCUCACGGGGUACUGUGACCCCCCCGCGGGGGUGUCCCUGAGGGAGGGGCUCCAUUACAACCCCUACUUCCCAGGGCAGGCCAUCGGCAUGGCCCCGCCCAUCUACGACGAGGUGCUGGAGUACGACGACGGGACCCCCGCCACCAUGUCCCAGAUCGCCAAGGACGUUUGCACCUUCCUGCGCUGGGCGGCCGAGCCCGAGCACGACCAGCGCAAGAAAAUGGGGCUCAAGCUGCUGCUGAUGUCGGGGCUGCUGGUGCCCCUCCUGUACUACAUGAAGAGACACAAGUGGUCGGUGCUCAAGAGCAGGAAGAUGAUUUACCGGCCCCCCAAGUAGGGCCUGGCCCCCCAAAUGGGGGCACCGGGCCCCCCCUCCCCCGUUCCCAGCCCCCCCCCCCACACUCAGGGGGCCAGGGAGGGGCUGUGGGCCCCCCCCCCUCCCCCACCAGGAGGGGCAUUGGGGGGUUCUCACCCCCCCUCGUGUUCGGCCACCCCCGAGCUCCAGUUCUGUGGGGCUGGGGGGGAAUAAAGUGUGGGGUUCAGAGGA